UUUCCAACGUCCAACAAUUUCUCACACACUCACACACAUAACGCGCAUUCACACACACAAUGGCCGGCACAAGUUCUUCCGCAUUUAUCACGUCCAAGCUAGAAUUUCCAGUUCCCUAUUUUCACGGACUUACAAAGAGACUUCCACCUUUGACCCCUUUUAAUAACAGAAGCCAUGACUGCUUUUGCAAUCAUAAUAAGUUCUUGAUUUCUCCCAUAACUUCAGAAUUUAGAAUUUCAAAAUCUAGUGGGCUGGUUUUAUGUUCACUUGUGGAUGUGGACUCGUCAAUAGAUGACGCAGCUAAAGCGAUUACUCCUCAAGUUGAAGUUAAGACCAGUAUAUGGAACUGGAGAGGUUAUUCUAUUCGCUACCAAUAUGCUGGAAGCAGUGGACCGGCACUUGUUUUAGUUCAUGGUUUUGGAGCAAACAGUGACCAUUGGAGGAAAAAUUUGCCAGUUCUUGCACAGUCACACAGGGUAUUUUCUGUUGAUCUCAUUGGUUAUGGUUAUUCAGACAAACCAAACCCAUGUGAACUUCAGGAGCAUAAUUUUUAUACAUUCGAGACUUGGGGGAGCCAGCUAAAUGACUUCUGUAUUGAUGUUGUCAAGGAUGAAGCGUUCUUCAUCUGCAAUUCAAUUGGAGGAGUUGUUGGACUUCAGGCUGCAGUUACUCAGCCACAACUCUGCAGAGGGAUUGUUCUUUUAAACAUAUCACUCAGGAUGCUUCACAUAAAGAAGCAGCCUUGGUAUGGAAAGCCUCUAAUCAAGUCAUUUCAGAAUUUGCUGAGAAACACUGCUCUUGGAAAGUUCUUUUUCAAAUCUGUUGCCACAUCUGAGGCAGUGAAAAGUAUACUUUGCCAGUGUUAUCAUGAUACAUCACAGGUAACAGAUGAAUUAGUAGACAUCAUCCUUCGCCCAGGGCUUGAACCAGGUGCUGCUGAUGUGUUUCUCGAGUUCAUUUGUUAUUCUGGAGGGCCACUUCCUGAGGAACUACUCCCCCAAGUGAAGUGUCCUGUAUUGGUAGCAUGGGGUGACAAAGAUCCAUGGGAACCACUUGAGCUUGGACGAGCCUAUGAAAAAUUUGACUCUGUGGAAGAUUUUGUUGUUCUGCCUGAUGUUGGCCACUGUCCUCAAGAUGAGGCUCCCCACCUUGUCAACCCCCUCAUUGAGUCGUUUGUUGCUCGUCAUUCAGUGCCUAAAGGUAACAUUUCCCAUGAGGCUUCCUGAUGUGCUGCAAGGUCUAUUCUCAAAACCCUGGUGCCACUAAAGGUUCUGCUGAUGCUCCAAGCCAUUUUCCAUUCAAUAUAUUAUGCCAUGAACAUUCUUUGAAUUAUGAUUCAUGUGAGAUUCUUUCAACAA